GCUUCCGGGAGGAGGGCAGCGGGUAACCCGGAAGCGGUCGGCAGUGCGGCGCUGUUUAAAGAUGGCGGCGGAGGAACCUCAGCAGCAGAAGCAGGAGCCGCUGGGCAGCGACUCCGAAGGUGUUAACUGUCUUGCCUAUGAUGAAGCCAUCAUGGCCCAGCAGGACCGAAUUCAGCAAGAGAUCGCUGUGCAGAACCCCCUGGUAUCCGAGCGCCUGGAACUCUCUGUCCUGUACAAGGAGUACGCCGAGGACGAUAACAUCUACCAGCAGAAGAUCAAGGACCUCCACAAAAAGUACUCGUACAUCCGCAAGACCAGGCCCGACGGGAACUGCUUCUACCGUGCUUUCGGCUUCUCCCACUUGGAGGCGCUGCUGGAUGACAGCAAGGAAUUGCAGCGGUUCAAGGCUGUGUCUGCCAAGAGCAAAGAGGACCUGGUGUCGCAGGGCUUCACCGAGUUCACGAUCGAGGACUUCCACAACACGUUCAUGGACCUGAUCGAGCAGGUGGAGAAGCAGACCUCGGUGGCCGACCUGCUGGCCUCCUUCAACGACCAGAGCACCUCCGACUACCUGGUGGUCUACCUGCGGCUGCUCACCUCGGGCUACCUGCAGCGGGAGAGCAAGUUCUUCGAGCACUUCAUCGAGGGCGGGCGGACCGUCAAGGAGUUCUGCCAGCAGGAGGUGGAGCCCAUGUGUAAGGAGAGCGACCACAUCCACAUCAUCGCGCUGGCGCAGGCCCUGCGGGUGUCCAUCCAGGUGGAGUACAUGGACCGCGGCGAGGGCGGCACCACCAACCCGCACGUCUUCCCCGAGGGCUCGGAGCCCAAGGUCUACCUUCUCUACCGGCCGGGACACUACGACAUCCUCUACAAAUAGGGCCCAGGCGCGCACGGAGGCUCCGGGGUUGUCAAGGGUCACACCCCCUGCCCCCCCGGCCCUGUCACUCCCUCCCACGUUUUAUUAAAGGGGCGCUGGAGGUGACCCGUGUGUGUGUGUCCCUGCUGCCCGCCUGGCUGCUGUCUGGCUGCCCCCUCCCCUGCCCAGGGCGGGGCGUCUUGUGUCUUCCGCACCCCACCAGGAGCCGUUUUGAGGAGGCUAGGCCUCUUGGGGACCCUUCCUGGCUCAGUGGGGCUCCGCUUUCUCCCCGUCAGGCUUUCCCCCUUCUUAGCUGGCCCAUGGGGCUUCCGAUAGGUUUGGGGUGUUUCUGGAGGACUUGCCCAGGGACCCAGGACUCCCCAGUUUUCAAACUGCCCCUCAAAGGCCCCCCUCCACCCCUGCUUCCUGCCCACCCCCGGGGUCUGCAUGGUGGAGGAGGCCUGGGUGGAGAGGGUGGCCUGGUGCUGGGGGAGCUGGCUCAGGGCAGGUGGAGGAGGAUGUACCCCCAGGGGAUGCCGGCCUGGUGGGGUGCAUGGUCGACCCCCUGGGUCUGGGCAGGGUGUGCCAGCCCCCAUACUCCCACCCCACCCCACCCUCUGCCUGUGCCUGCUUUGCACCCCCUCUGCUUGGCCACAGGCUCUGCAUUGCCUUCACCUCUUCUCCCUCCCCCCAGCACAUGUGGGGUCCCGGCCCCAGGCUGUGAGCUCCUUGGGGGCAGGCCUCAAUAAACGUGAUGUGCUGCCCACC